AACAGUUUGCUGGCAGUCUUUCAAUCGGUAUCGUGUAAGAUCAAAUUUUUUCCUCGGGAACCGUGAAAUUAUCUGUCCCCAAUCGGAAAUUCCACAGUUCUGCUGUGAUCGCUUCCUGUGGAUUGUUCUGCCAAUCGUAUCCGGUAACCGGAAAUAGUGGAUUUCGGGAUAAACACUGUCGGAUUGUGCGAAUUUUUUAGGCGUAUUUCGCAAACGGAAGUUGGGUGAAAUGAAAUGUGAGCUGUUGUUUUUUGGCAUUAAGUGAAAGGUGUACAGAAAGUGCAUUUUCGGGUGAAUCAAAAUAGUAUCGGGAUUCUCGAAAUAGUGAUUUAACAUUUGGAAAAACAUUCAAUUUUGGAUUUAGCUGCUGUUAAUCGACAUCAGUCCUGCCCGUUUGAUAGCGUCAGGUACAGAUAUCUGCAUUCAAAAGGUUCCAGCUAGAGUGAGAUUUCCCACUAAGAGGGCCGCCGAAAUACAUUACUAGCUGGCUAAACUCGGCAUUUCUCCAACUGCAGCAGACCGAAGAAGCCGAAUCGCGCCGCGCGUUAGUUUUGUUGUUGAUUGAGGAUAAGACGUAGUUCCAAAGUGGAGGAAGCUAACUGAACCUUGCAGUACGGCCAGAGGCCUCUUCCCAAACAUGCCCGGCUCUCGUAGUUUAAAAGUGCAGUUGCUCGAGAAUGUUCAACCAUCAUCAGCAUCAUCAUCAUCGUAGGGGCGCUGCAGCAGUUUUUGCAGUUGUUGUUGUUGUUGUUGGAUGGAGUUUGCCCUACUAGAGGUUGCAUCAGAAGCAUCAGCAACACCAAAAGUACCAGAGCUCUAGAAGCAGCAGCAACAGCAGAGCCCCUGAGGAGGCGACGCCAGUAGUCGUCGUCCGUUUGUUGAAGGGAAUCGUCGUCGUUGCUAGAGACCAGACCAGAAUAGUGGAGAGUUUAGUGGCCCGGACUUGGACCGAAUAGUUUUUUUUCGAGCACUCUGUCAGUGCCCCAGUAGAGCAGCGUGUUUCAAACUUACCGGAGGUGUGUAUAAGUGUGGUGGCUGCCUGGUAUUCCGGAAUCUUGGAGUAGAUUGGAUUGUGACGUUUAGUUUUUUUGCUGCCCUCUGAGUCAAGACGGUUUCCCCCUUAAUAAGAAGAAAAAAAAGUGGUACAGCAGCGUGGCCUGAAGGUUUGAUGGAUUUUGUUUCAGGGUGGGUGACACGGAGUCAGUGUUGCUACUAAAAGCUAGCUAGCUAGCUGUUGUUUUGUUUCAGCUUUCAGGUGAAAUCGAUUUUUCGAUUUUAGUUUUAUCUCAGUGAGCCACAAAGUUCCGUUGAAGUAGGCUAAGCUCGGCGAGAGGAAGCGUAACAUAUCCGCAACAACAGCAAUUACUGUUGGUUGGGCAAAAUUGUCAAAAUCGUACUGUGUGUUUGCGAGGUGAGAUCGCUGUGUUGUUAUUGGUGCCGGUUAUUAAACUUCGGUGGGGUUCAAGAGUGUAGUGUAUGUAGCAAAGCACCGCGCCACGAGAGUUGGCACAGGUUGUGUGAAAAAUUGAUUCGUGUUGCAAAUAAAAUAAUUUCGCUCAUUCUAUCCGCUAAAGUAGUUGCGGUGCUGCGACAUUCGUAAACGUGUACCCGUUAGCCAGCUAGCCUGCGAGCUAGCGCAAAAACACGACUAUCUAAUUGGAUCAAGCGAAGGCGUUCAUUGGAACGAGGACGACGACGACGACGGAAAAUUGCCGUUUGUAACUUUAAACUUCAACAUUGUGGCAGAGAGGCACACGUUGAAAAGCGGUGAAAUAAUUUGGUGAAAAAUUGAAACGUGUUAUCAUCAUCGGGUGUUCGGUUCAACCAUCCAUCUAGCCCCAUUUAGCUAUCGGUGGCCAGAAACACGUGCGUGCUGCAAUUGACUUCUUCUAUCCGGAGGUUCCUUAGAGGAAUAUGGAUAGAAGUGUUGACUCGAUCGGUAGCUGUUCAUUAGACGUUGACGCAGACUCGACAGAUUUUUCAGAUACCUCAGGCGAGCUUAACUUUCUGACGCCCAACUCGGCCAAGGACAUUCAGCGCGAGUUCACAGCCGGCAUCAAGGAACGUUGCAAGCUCCCGGUCAUCAACUGCCAGGCAGUGACAACUGUGCUGGAUCCCGUCACCGGAAACAUCAGCACCGUCCUGACGACCACAAGCCCGCUGGCGGAAACGGCCAUCACAACGACGGCGGCGGCUCCGAGCAAAAAACCAAGCUACCUAAAUCUGGCCUGCUGCGUCAAUGGCUACUCGAACCUGACGACGUACGACUCGAAACUUCGGCAGGACAUCAACAAGUCCCGGGAAGUUUCACCGAACCGGCCUAUCAUUGCCACGCUGCACUACAAUCGCAGCAGUGGUGAGGGUGGCAAUUUUCAGCUGACGGCACCCACGCUGAGCUACAUUAGUAUGAACAAUACGAUCAACAACAACAUCAGCAGCAGCAACGGAUCUGGAGGAGGAGGAGGAGGUCGGCUCAGUAACGGAAGCAGCACAACAAAGAUGGUGAAUGGAUCAUCCGGAAUGGCGGGUGCGGGUCGGUUUUCGACUGGCGGAGGUCAGGAUUUGACCGACAAUGCCUCGAUGUUCAAUGGGAAUGGGUUCGGGGUUGGAGGGGGUCUAAGAACCAAGGUGAUUUCAUCGCAGUCGCAGAUUUGCAGUGUGAAAGAGAGUGAGCGGGUAGUGAAGAAGAGUUUCAUUCAGCAACGCGUAGAAAAAUUGUAUGGCAAUGCGGAAGGUGUCGUGAUCAGUAAACAAAUCCACAAUAGCAACGAGAGGAAGUAUUUGAAUAAUAUCGCAAACGAGAAUGUGAGCAAAAGUUACGCCGCUUCAGUGCACUUGAAUGGGAACGGCAAUGUAAAUAAUGGCAGUGUGAAUAAUGGUGCAAAUGGUGUGGGUGUGGGUAUGAUCAGUGGCAAUGGUGUCACAACAAAAGAGAAUCUCGACGAGAAUAACAAGCAAAUCGAGGAAGAAACCGAUCUGGACUCGCUGCCGGUGUUGAGGCAUUUGAGGCCGGAAUUUCGGGCCCAGUUGCAGAUAUUUUCGCCCAAGAAAGUUCCCAAAUCGUCGCCGAACCGAAGUUUGGACGGGAACGUCGGUAUCAGUAAUCGUGUCAAUGGGAAUAAUAAUCACAUUUUCUCCAAUGGAGACCUUAGUCAUCAUCAUCACAACAACUCGCACUCAUCGCUACCACAUGUGUCGUCCAAUGGAAAAAUCAUCACAAGCAGCAGCAACAGCAGUAAUAUUGUUAAUAGUAGUAGCAUCGUUAGUAGUAGUAGCAGUAGUAAUGGUACCAGCUCAAGUAUCCUCUCAUCAUCCUCGCUAGUGCAACAUCAGCAGCUGCUUCAACAACAGCAGCAGCAGAAACACAAAUCAUCUGCUACUAGAACAAUAGAAGAGCAGCAACGAGAAGAGGAACAAUCAUCGAUCGCAUUCAAAUCGAUGAUGGAAACCACCAGCAUCGUGACAUCGACGUCGUCAUCAUCAUCCUUUCAACAGCAACAACAAAUCCAAUCAACCGAAUCUAGUUCUGCGUCGUCGUCGUCGCUGCUAUCAUCGGUAGCCGUGACGUCGCCACCGCCAUCGUCGUCGUCCCACGAAGGUGACGCAGAAGCAGGGCCGACAACUGCUGCCAAUAAUAGUAGUAGCACGACGACCACCACCAGUCGAGAAUCUCGAUCCACCAAAUUGAAAUCAUCGGCAUCGGCACCAGUACCCGAAAGUGCCCCAAUCGAGAAGGUGGAAAAAACAAUAGAAGUUGGUGCCCCCGGUAGUGUUGCUAUCGUACUAGAAUCGAAUCCAGCAGCAGUUUCUCAGCAGCAGCCGGAAGUCCAAAAAAUGAAACUCAGCGAGACGACGACGACGACGACGACGAUUAUGACCAAUGGUGACGGUGAUGUUGGCAAGAUAAUGAUGCCCCCAUCCAAAGUGAUACGUAACGGGACGACAAAUGGGCACCAUCCCGAAGUAGAGGGAGAAGACGAUAAGGAGAAUGUUAACGGAAUGUUGCCGAGUGUCGCUGCCAAGGAAGUGACCAAUGGCAAACAUCCGUCAGAGCCAGAAUUGGUGCUGGUUCGGGACGGGAACUAUUUCCUGCAGGUGCUAAAAAACGAACAAAACAGGCUACUCACAAUGGCAGCCGACAUCGAGCGGGAGGUUGAGCAAGUCAAGACUGAUGGUGUGGAUAUCAGCGAGGAAGUUGCUGGCUAUGUGCUGGUCGCAGCCGGCAAAGCGCGACUGCUCUGCUCCCAGAAGAUGAAACAAUUUGAAGGUUUAUGCUACACCAAUCUCAACCAAAUACCAGGGGAAAAAUUUCAGACGACCUGUGAAGAUUUGCGCGGCUUCUGGGACAUGGUGAUGCUGCAGGUGGACAACGUUGACGCCUCCUUCCGGGAGAUCGAUUCGUUCCGGCGCAACGGUUGGAAGAAACCUGCUCCAGUAGAACCAGUGCCACCGACACGAACCACAGCCCGCACCAGCAAGCUACUGGUGAAGCGACCCUUCAAAUCGAGUGCCAAUGGAGACGGCAGCAGUGGUCCCAGUAGCACCGUCAUCGAGGCCAAAAAAGCAGCUGCAGCAGCGGCCGCCGCCAAACGAGACGCGCAACGGAAACAGUUGAUGGAGCUGAAGCGGAAACAGAAAAUGGCCAGCAGCAGUCAGGAUGAAAAAACGACGACGGCAGCAGAAGCGGAAGUGGAAAUUUUCGUGCCCGGAGCAGCAGCAGCAGCAGUAGUGAUGGAAAGGACCGUGGAUGCGAGUUGAUCUCGUCACCAUUAGUAGGACGUAACUUCAGACCAUCCGGAUUUGUGACGGAAUUGAAUUCUUUGUACAUGAACCCCUCUUUUCUUCAGUCUCGUUUAUUUCGUCUUCUUUCUUUGUAUAUUCGUUAGAUUUUUAGUAAAAGAAACAAAAAACAUCCCCAACCUAAUCCUGAUACAAACAAGCUAUCGAUUCAGAUUUUUGGAACUGUAACUUUUUCUGCUUACUAACAAAUUUAAAUAAUUUUCCUUUGUCGACUGACUGAUUAUUCAGAUGAAGUUUUCUGGUUUUGGAUGGAUGUUUCGUGUGCGAGGAACCAGAGAGCACGAGUUACAAAAUUGUUGGGUGCUGGACAAACGCGCUAGGAAGUGUGUGAUAACCGACUUCGUACGAGUGUGCAUUGAAAUGUGGAUAAUGAAUUAAAGGCGAAGAACAACACCGUAACUAGAAGAGGACGCAUCCAUUGUGAUUUUAUGAAAAAUGACAAACCUUUUUAUAUGUUGAAUAAACUUUAUCAUAAGUUAGAGAGAUGUCUGAUGCAGAAUAACAGCGCGAGAAGAAUUGCGAGAAUAUAAGCGAAAAUAUUUAUUUAGUACGUAAGAAUUCUUAUUCACUGAGAGCGAAAAACAAAGAAAAUUUAACAAAAGAUAACUAGGUACUACAACAACUAGAGAGCGAUCACCGUGUGUUGUUGCAAAAAUUUGAUAGUCUAGUUUCCGGACACCGAAAACAAUGUUUAAAACACAUCGAACGAAUUCAAACAAACAGAGAGAAUAUGGAAAUUCAUAGUUCAAUGUUGAUCGAAUACAGACACUACUAAAUCUGCUACUAUAUAGAGGAUAAAUUGUAGUUCGUAAGCAAUUUUUUAUAGACUAUAAUUUCAUCUUUACCUUAUUAUCUUUAAUCUUGAAACAGAUAAAAAGUACUACCACAGUACACACCAGUUAAUCGAAAUUCAUUAUCAUACACUUUAUUUCAAUUAUUACUAAAAGUAAGUUGGAUUUUUGUUUCCCGAUUGAUUUUAUUCUUUUUACUUUUAUGUUUUACAUUGACCCAUUUUUCAUACUUCUAUUCUAAAGAUGUUAUUUUUUCGUUUGAGUAAAUCUAUAGAGAAAAUCAGUUUUAAUCAGCUCGACACUUGCUCAUUUUAACCCCGAUAGGAAAAUUUUGAACCUUCAAUACCUACACAUUCCACACACAUUUGUAGCGCACUGUUGAGUAGAUAAGCACGCGAUAAUCAUUUGUAGUGGUUUGAACAAACUUUUUUAUUGCAGGACCUAUUGCUAUGCAAUGAGAUUAAGUUCAGUUGAAUUAAACCAGCAACCAAUGUUUGGAAUAAUACCGAGGUAUUUGCAAAAAAGCUCUGUAACUUUUUUUCGAUGCUGAAGGCUUUAGGUAUUUUGAAAUUGAGCAGAAGACAACAAAAUCCAUAAAGAUAAAUAAUAAGUUGAUCGGCUCUUAUGAACGUCUCUUGUAAAAUGCUAAGAAGACUUUAUGAUCAAAAUCACUUUCUACAAUAAAAUGUACUGCUUGCUUAAAGUAUUUGUGUACCAGAUCCGUUUUUGUACUUAUAAUAGAGGAAGAUAAAUGUUUAAGUGGAAUUAAAACUUGUAAAAAAAAAGAGGAUGUAGGCUUCAGGAAAAUCAGUUUUUUAAGGAAUCUAAUUCAAUCAGUAGAUUGAAUUGUAACACUUCUAACGAUUAAAAUGCUAUUUGUUCUGAUUCAGCUGUCUGCCUUAAGUGAUGGGCUGGAUUCACAAACUGUAGGAAUAUACAAAUUUAGGAACGUAUUUUUAGAUGUUGUAAUCCAAAUUUUGCUUGCUUCUAAAACAAUCUGUUUAGUCCCCCCCCGCGCCAUAAAAUGGAAUGCAGAUAUAUGAGUGCCUUUUUGUAGUGGUCCAUCGUCCAAGUCGUGUAGUACAAAGAUUAACUCAACCCUCUCAAUUUACUCACCAUUUGCUUAGAACAACACCGACUAAUCCUAUAUAAACCACCUGUUCUAAAAAGCAAUCCCUUUUUUAUUCAAAAACUGUAAUAAUACUAGUGUCGAGUUGAAUCUUCUUAAUUGUAUGAA